ACAACCACCAUGAAAAGGAUAGCCAUAGCUACCAUUCUCAUUUUUCUAGAAACUUGCUAUGCUUUGCCUAUCCACCAUUGUCAUGUUUCCUCUUGCGGCAACAUUGCCAACAUAAGUUACCCCUUUCGACUCAAAAGUGAUCCACUUGGCUGCGGCGACAAGAGAUACGAAUUGGAUUGUGAGAACAACGCCACAGUUCUGACUCUAUUUUCCGGAAAAUACAAUGUGCAACAAAUCGAUUACAAAAGGUACAAAAUCCGAGUGAGUGAUGCGGGUGUUGUGGAGGACGCUACUUGUUCCUUCAUGCCUCAAUAUUUCUUAUAUUCUGCAAAUUUCACUCAAUUUAUCAUUGGUCCGGGGCCCGAUCCGCUGAAGUUGGACCAAAAUCUUGUUUCAAUCGCAUACUUCAAUUGCACGAAUCGAAUCACAGAUGAUUCUAGAUAUGUUGAAGUGGACACCACUGGCUGUGGCUUUGGAGGACACAUGUACGCUGUGGUGAAAGAUUCGUCAAAUGGUUUUGGUGUGAAGGACAUCAAGGUUGGGUGCGAAAUGAAGGUGGCUACUCUGGCAAAUUGGGGAACGAUGCAACACCACAAGACCCACAGAAACGUUUCCCUUGUUGAUAUCCGCAAUGUGCUAUCUCGUGGUUUUGGGCUCUCUUGGUUAAAUGUUAUCUGUGAAGAUCUCUGUGGUGAAGGGAAGGAUUGUCGAGUUGUGAACGAGUCCACCGGUGAAGUCCAAUGCGAUGCCCUCCUCCAAGACUGUCGCUAUUUCUACACCGCAGACCAAGUCACAUACGACUGCGGGUUAUUGCUCGACAUGAACACACUCACAAGGGGCAUAUCUAAUGAGAUGACUUUCUUAACAUGA